AUGCUGUUCGCCAUCCAGCGGCUCCAUGAGCUCGCGAGGAAGAAGAGUACUGCGGUGUUCGCGUGCUUCGUCGACCUCACCAAGGCAUACGAUUCGGUGGACCGAGACCUACUGUGGGACGUGCUCCGACGCUUCGGCGUGCCCCCGAAGAUGCUGGCGGUUAUUCGCCAAAUCCACGAGGACAUGAGGGCGCGCGUCCGAACGGACGACGGGCAGUACUCGGAAUGGUUCGACGUGGGCCAAGGCCUCCGACAGGGAUGCAACCUGGCCCCGCUGCUGUUCAACUUGUUCUUUGCCGCGAUGCUCAUGGUCGCCGUGGCCGAGUUCGACAAGGACCCCAAGGUGACGGCGGACAUGGUCAAGAUCGGGACACAAGUGGAGUACACGGGCAAGAAGGGCAGGUCGGCGGGGAAGAAGACGACGGUGGUGACGGACGCGGAGGCCUUGUGGGCCAUGCUCUACGCUGACGACGCGGCCAUCGUCUCGCGCUCGCCGGAGAGUCUCGAGAAGAUGAUGUCGGUCAUCGUGCGCGUGGCCGGCCUGUUCGGACUGAUGAUGGUAUCGGAGCAAAAGACGGAUAUCAUGUGCAUGCUGCCGAAAGGGAUCGAGGAACGCCCGUUCACGGUCAGCACCGCCGGCCAGACGUACAAGCAGACAGAUCGGUUUGUGUACCUCGGACGUACCAUCUCCGCGGACGGGAAGGCCGACCGGGAGAUCACGAGCCGCAGCUGCCGAGCGUGGAAGUGCUACCGCCGGAACAGCAGUGCUUCGAUGUACGACAGAGGCGACGGGCCAACCGCCAGCUCAAUCAAGAUCCGGCUACUCCAGGCUGAAGUGGUGGAGGAGACUCUCCAGGAGACCUGUAUGGGUGCGCCUCGUGGAGCCUAACAGCGGAGCACUACACGAAGCUCAAUGGGACCCACCGCCAGUUCCUCACACGGUGCAUCGGCUGGAGCAAGCGGAAACACUCAGACCGCCCCCUGUCCUAUGCCCAGGCCCUCAUCCAGGCAGGCUGCGAGGAAACUAUCGAGGCCACCGUGCGCAAACAAACGGAGACUGUGUUUCGCGGGCUUUGUUAUGCGCAUGGAGGACAGCCGCCUCCCCAAGCGCAUGCUGUUAGGAGCGAUGGCGGGGGGCGUGGGAUACCGGGGCGGGCAGGAGAGCGACUGGGUGUCUCGUCUAGGAGAGGACCUCGUGGCAUUCAACAAGAGAGACGAAAAGGAAGGGGGUAAUGGAAAUAGAGCGCCACGGAUCCGGAGGUACGGUACAACAAGGUCGAGGACGGGGCGGCAUGGUUCAUGAGGAAAUGGCGCAGGCAGGAGGCGGAAGCGUCCGCGAAGCGCCAGCGCGCGAGGGAAACAGAAGCAGGGAGUGCGGCCAUCUCAGGACCGGNACACUCAGACCGCCCCCUGUCCUAUGCCCAGGCCCUCAUCCAGGCAGGCUGCGAGGAAACUAUCGAGGCCACCGUGCGCAAACAAACGGAGACUGUGUUUCGCGGGCUUUGUUAUGCGCAUGGAGGACAGCCGCCUCCCCAAGCGCAUGCUGUUAGGAGCGAUGGCGGGGGGCGUGGGAUACCGGGGCGGGCAGGAGAGCGACUGGGUGUCUCGUCUAGGAGAGGACCUCGUGGCAUUCAACAAGAGAGACGAAAAGGAAGGGGGUAAUGGAAAUAGAGCGCCACGGAUCCGGAGGUACGGUACAACAAGGUCGAGGACGGGGCGGCAUGGUUCAUGAGGAAAUGGCGCAGGCAG